AUGAGUUCGAAUUCGGAUUUGGUAAGCAUGUUGGAGUCGGCGCUAGGGGUUUCGUUCGGUGGUUCGGUGACGGAUUCGGUGGUGGUGAUCGCGACGACCUCAGUUGCGUUGAUACUUGGGGUUUUGGUGUUGGUGUGGAGGAGAUCCUCGGAUCGGAGCCGUGAGGUGAAGCAGCUGGCGGUGCCCAAGCCGCUGGUGGUGAAGGACGAAGAGGACGAGUUUGAGGUUGCGUCGGGCAAGACUAGGGUCACGAUCUUCUAUGGUACUCAGACUGGUACAGCUGAGGGCUUCGCUAAGGCUUUGGCUGAGGAGAUCAAGGCAAGAUAUGAGAAAGCUGCUGUCAAGGUUCUUGACCUGGAUGAUUACGCUGAGGAUGAUGAUAAAUAUGAAGAAAAACUGAAGAAAGAGACUUUGGCAUUUUUUAUGUUGGCCACUUACGGAGAUGGCGAGCCAACUGAUAAUGCAGCAAGAUUUUAUAAAUGGUUUACGGAGGGAAAAGAUCGGGGUGGUUGGUUACAACAUCUACGAUAUGGUGUUUUUGCUCUGGGUAACCGACAAUAUGAACAUUUCAAUAAGAUAGGAAAAGUGGUUGAUGAUCAACUUAGUGAAGAAGGUGCAAGGCGUCUCAUUCCUGUCGGCUUAGGUGAUGAUGAUCAAUGCAUUGAGGAUGAUUUUUCUGCUUGGAGGGAAUCAUUGUGGCCUGAGUUGGAUCAAAUACUCCGAGAUGAAGAUGAUACAAACUCUGUUGCUACGCCAUAUACAGCUGUGAUUCCAGAAUAUAGGGUUGUUAUUCAUGACUCUUGCGUUGUUACCUCUUAUGAGGAUAAUCUUUUGAAUAUGGCAAAUGGCAAUGCUUCUUUCGAUAUCCACCAUCCUUGCAGAGUUAAUGUUGCUGUUCAAAGAGAGCUUCACAAACCUGAGUCUGACCGCUCUUGCAUCCAUCUGGAAUUUGAUAUAUCUGGAACUGGUAUUACAUAUGAAACUGGAGACCAUGUGGGUGUUUAUGCAGAUAAUUGUGUUGAAACAAUUGAAGAAGCUGCAAAGUACUUGGGUCAACCUUUAGAUUUGCUGUUCUCCAUUCAUACUGAUAGUGAUGAUGGCACCCCUCUUGGAAGUUCAUUGCCGCCUCCUUUCCCUGGUCCUUGCACACUCCGCACUGCAUUGGCUCACUAUGCUGAUUUAUUGAACCCACCUCGGAAGGCUGCUCUUCUCGCUUUGGCUGCACACGCGGUUGAACCAAGUGAAGCAGAAAGACUUAAGUUUUUAUCAUCAUCUCAGGGGAAGGAUGAGUACUCAAAAUGGAUUGUUGGAAGUCAGAGAAGUCUUGUUGAGGUAAUGGCUGAGUUCCCAUCAGCUAAGCCUCCACUUGGUGUGUUUUUUGCUGCAGUAGCCCCUCGGUUACAGCCUCGUUACUAUUCCAUAUCAUCUUCACCAAGGUUUGCCCCCCAUCGUGUUCAUGUGACCUGUGCUUUAGUUUAUGGUCCGACUCCAACUGGCAGAAUUCACAAAGGAGUGUGUUCAUUCUGGAUGAAGAAUGCAGUGUCUCUAGAGAAAAGUCAUAACAGUAGCUGGGCUCCUGUUUUCAUUAGGCAAUCUAAUUUCAAGCUACCUGCUGAUCCUUCAGUUCCAGUUAUCAUGGUGGGGCCUGGUACUGGCUUCGCACCAUUCCGAGGAUUUCUCCAGGAAAGGAUGGCCUUGAAAAAGGAGGGCGCUCAGUUAGGUCCUGCACUUCUCUUCUUUGGUUGUAGAAAUCGCAGGAUGGAUUUUAUUUAUGAAGAUGAGUUAAAUAAUUUUGUCGACGAAGGUGUGCUGUCAGAGUUAAUUGUUGCAUUCUCACGGGAAGGACCAACAAAGGAGUAUGUCCAACACAAAAUGAUGGAUAGAGCAGCACACACGUGGGACCUAAUAUCUCACGGGGGAUACUUUUAUGUAUGUGGUGAUGCCAAAGGUAUGGCUAGAGAUGUUCAUCGGACUUUGCAUACGAUUGUGCAGGAGCAGGAAAAGGUGGACUCAACAAAGGCAGAGGCUAUAGUGAAACAACUUCAGAUGGAUGGACGAACAUUGGAAUUUUAUAUAUAUCUUCAAGGUCAGGCUUCAGCUGCGGGAUCUCUGCCCUUCAAAGUUAUAGCAGCAGAUUUGGACAAGAAUGUUGGAAACUGA